ACUAAACAACAGCUGUUCGCACUGCCGCAUUCAUUACUUGUCAAAUUGAAUUUAUUUAAGAAAAUCCGUAAAAAUGCUACGAAAAUCACUGCCUUUAAUUAUAUUCGGUGCUCGGACAGUGUCUCUUCCUGCGGCAGCACUAACCAAUUCGCAACAAGCACAUCACAAACUAAUCGUUUCUCCAGCGGCGACGCCAUUAGUUCUGAUGCGCGGUUAUGCAAAGGGCAAGGACAAGAAAAAGGCCAAGAAGGGACAGCCUAACAAAGUAGAGAUCAAUGAGCAGCAAUUGCGGGAGAUUAUUAACCUAGAUCAGCUCAAUACACAGAUGGAAAAAUCAGUGCAGCAAAUGAAGGAUGACUUCAUCAAACAUUUGUCCCUGCGUUCCACUAGUGGAGCUAUUGAUUCUCUGCGGAUCAAAGUCGAUGGCAAUGUGCACGAACUACAGGAAUUGGCCCAGAUAUCGAGGAAAAAUCCCAAAACCAUUAUAAUCAACAUGAUUGCAUUCCCUCAGACCAUACCGGACGUUCUGAGGGCUAUCGAAAAGAGUGGAAUGAAUCUUAAUCCCCAACAAGAUGGUACCACGUUAUUCAUACCUAUACCGAAGGUGACCAAAGAACAUCGCGAGCAUCUUUCCAAGAAUGCCAAAGCCUUGUAUAUUAAAUACCGCGAUGCCAUACGACAAGUGCAGAAUGAUCACAUACGGAAACUUAAAAAACAAGCUGACGAUAUAGGAAAGGACGAUGCAUUUAAGGCGCAAAACCAGGUUACAGCCAUAGCGGAUAAAUAUAUAGCAGAAGCAGACAAACUAUUGGCCACCAAACAGAAGGAGUUGCUUGGAGAGCACUGAGUGGCAGCCGAACACAAUAAAGGUUAUUCAAAAAUUCAA